GUGUCGGGUGUGGUUUUGUAUAGCGCCGCCCAAACAGUCGCCCGCCCUGCGCAUACGCAGCCUUUACUCAAAUAGCAAACGCCGCGCGCCUCGGCCACUACACCCUGAUAGUGUUGUUAGUGAUGUUAUUGUGUGAUUGUGAUAAUGCCUAGGAAACGAUUAAAUCGAUCGAAUAUCGAUAAAAGAGUAGAAGACGGAGAUGAUGAUGCCUUCCUUUUUGAAGAUUCUCUGUCCAGUUCCGGUAGAAGCGGUCACGAGCCCCAACAUAGGAAUGCCGCGAAUGCGCGGGAAAGAGCCCGUAUGAGAGUAUUGUCGAAGGCUUUUUGCAGGCUAAAGACCACCUUACCCUGGGUACCAGCUGACACUAAGCUCUCCAAGCUGGACACUCUUCGUUUGGCUGCAUCUUACAUCGCACACCUUCGCGCUCUGCUGCAUGAGCCGCGAUCCGCACACACACCGCCGCAUCCGCUCAAUCUCGCAUGGCCAUUUGCAUUCCAACAUGGUGGCAGUUUAAGUUGUACGAUCUCUCAAAGAUGGAGUGUUAACACACAAAACUGCGACUCAACUGCCGAGGAAAGAAACCAAAUCCAAAGAGAAAUACAUAAUAGCGGAAGAUGCAACGAAAAUUAUAACCAAGAUUAUUCUGAAAAUGAUUACGAAGACAGAAAUUACGAAGAAAUGACGAACGAUGUCCCUUGCAAUAACGUGCAAUAUUGUGAUUACGGUUACAAAGAGAAUUAUUAUGAGAUGAGGAACUCUUAUUCGUCAAACGGAUUAAUGAAUGUGUGAUAUUAUUUAUUUUGCAAUAUAUUAUUUUUUACCACAAUAAAACAAUGUACUGUCUGAUUUUAUUAUAUUUUUAGCCUUCGAUGCAAAAAGAGGGGUGUUAUAAGUUUGACGUUGAUGUCUGUGUGUUUAUCAGUCUGUACCAUUAUAGU